AUAGAGCAAUACACGACACUGCACGCAGCACUGUUCAGUUCAUGUUCACCCACUCUCACCUUCUUUCUUCUCGUUUCCUUUCACUUCACUCAAUCCAAUUCAAUAUAUAAACCUCAUCAAUCAAUCAACCCCUUCCUCAAUCUUCCACCACCCUGAUUCUUCGUACAAUGUCAGAGAACACGAAGAACGAAACUACCAAACCACCGUUUGACGCCGUAGCGGCGACGCUCCUCACGACGGAGCUCAGAGAAACCUUCGCCUCCGGCAAAACGCGGAGCUACGAGUGGCGAGCCUCGCAGCUCCACGCGCUCUCGCGGCUCGUCGCUGAUCACGAGAAGCAGAUCGUCGACGCUCUCCGAAAUGAUCUCGAUAAGCCGCCGCUCGAAACCGUCGCGUACGAGGUUGCCAUGUUAAAAAACUCAUGUAAUGUUGCACUCAAGGAAUUGAAAAAUUGGAUGACUCCUGAAAAGGUCAAAACUUCGAUCACAACUUUUCCUUCUUCAGCUGAAAUAGUAUCUGAACCACUUGGGGUUGUGUUGGUUAUCUCUGCCUGGAACUAUCCCUUUCUCUUGUCACUUGAUCCAGUCAUUGGAGCUAUUGCAGCCGGUAACGCUGUGGUUCUAAAACCAUCAGAAAUUUCUCCAGCCACAUCGUCACUGCUGGCGAAACUGCUUGGGGAAUACAUGGAUAACUCAUCUAUAAGAGUUGUUGAGGGUGCAGUUGAUGAAACAUCUGCAUUACUGCAGCAGAAGUGGGACAAAAUUUUCUACACAGGGAAUGGAAGAGUGGGACGCAUUGUGAUGGCUGCUGCUGCAAAGCACCUUACACCAGUCGUGCUGGAGCUUGGAGGAAAAUCUCCGGUUGUUGUCGAUUCAAAUAUAAACUUAAAGGUAGCAGCUAGGCGGAUAAUUGCUGGAAAGUGGGGUGGUAACAAUGGACAAGCUUGCGUUUCUCCAGAUUAUAUCAUAACAACAAAAGACUAUGCCCCCAAGUUGGUGGAUGCCCUAAAGUCUGAGUUGGAGAAAUUUUACGGAAAGAACCCAUUAGAAUCGAAAGAUAUAUCCCGAAUAGUGAAUUCCAACCACUUUGCUCGCUUGAUAAAGCUCUUGGAUGAUGAUAAGGUUUCUGGUAAGAUUGUUUAUGGAGGUGAAAAGGACGAAAGCAAAUUGAGGAUUAGCCCCACUAUUCUGUUGGAUGUCCCGCGAGAUUCUUUGAUAAUGAGUGAGGAGAUAUUUGGUCCCUUACUUCCCAUCCUCGUGGUUGAUAAGCUGGAAGAAAGCUUUGAUGUGAUCAAUACAUGGCCAAAGCCUCUCGCUGCGUAUAUUUUUACAUCCAACAAAAAGCUCAAGGAGCAGUUUGUUAUGACUGUUUCUGCUGGCGGUUUGGUUGUCAAUGAUACUACUGUUCAUCUUGCAGUUCACACUUUGCCAUUUGGAGGAGUUGGUGAGAGUGGAUUAGGUGCAUAUCAUGGGAAAUUCUCAUUUGAUGCUUUCAGCCACAAGAAAUCAGUUCUUUAUCGUGGUUUUUUUGGUGACGCGGCAAUAAGAUACCCACCGUACACGAAUACAAAAAUGAGAUUACUGAAGGCUCUCAUUGGUGGUGGCAUAAUUGGGGUCAUCCGUGCCCUGUUUGGAUCGUCUUAGAAUUCGUCUUGGAAUCUCGCAAAUAUUGAUACAUCUGAUAUCAUGGUUUCAUUGUAUUUUAACGUCCAAUUCAGUUUUUUACUCAUCUCAUUAAACCACAACUAUACAUGAUAGUAAAUCAUGUAUUGAUGCCCUGUGGUUGUUCUGCCAUAUGAGAGGCAAUGCUAGAACUGACAUUACAUGUACUCAUAAGUUUAUUUCUAGCAUGUUAUUUAAGGAAGUAAACUCAUCAUAAAUGGAAAUCCUGGUUUUGAUUA